UUUCACACAGACUCAAACACAACACACAAACCGCCGAGUCUUACGCAAGUCGCUUUAGGAAUCGGACUGCGUAAAUCCUCACUGAACGCUUAACCUCAACACAGUCGCUCAGUUUCAGCAUGAAAGGGCACUUUAGAAACAGAUCAUUGACUUCAUCGUUACAGUCACUGAAUCCGUUUUCCGAGGGACCGGACCGGAAAUGGAGCUCGAACAACACAAACGGUGGUGACCAUGAAAAACAACCACGGUUGAUGCAAAUGAAGGACGGAGACGGAAAUUCAGUGCUUGUGGGCAGUUCCCGACCCACGGAGAAUACAACAUGGAGCGUUGGCCAUAUGGAAGACAAAAACUCGCGUUGGAGACGCUCUAUGGAGGAUACACACAUCUUCCUUUACGAUUUUGGAAACGCGGCCGAUAACGGCUACAUUGCAGUGUUUGACGGCCAUGCAGGCACUCAGGCGUCCGAGUACUGCAUGAAAAAUCUCCAUUUAGUGCUGCUGCGCAAGCUCCGGCAAAGUCCCACCCGUUUGGUUACGGAUUUGCUGGACGAAACGUUCGUUGAGGUGAACAAGCGAAUUGCCACGGACACGAACAACGAAAUCUCGGGCUGCACUGCUGCUGUGGCCCUGUUGCGCUGGGAGGACAAUCACUCCCGGCAAAUGCUGUACACAGCCAACGUUGGUGACGCCCGUAUCGUGUUGUGUAGAGAUGCAAAAGCGAUUCGGUUGUCCUACGACCACAAGGGCUCCGACCGUAACGAGCAGAAGCGUGUUUCCCAAAUGGGAGGUCUGGUUGUUCAAAACCGUAUCAACGGCGUUCUUGCAGUAACAAGAGCCUUGGGUGAUACGUACCUGAAAGAACUUGUGAGUGCACAUCCCUUCACCACAGAAACGCACUUGUGGAAGGGUCACGACGAGUUUCUUAUUAUUGCUUGUGACGGUUUAUGGGACGUGAUUAGUGACCAAGAGGCUGUCGACUUUGUGAGACGAUUUACGAGUCCUCGGGAGGCUGCUGCUCGUCUUGUGCAAUAUGCUCUGAAGCGUUUGAGUACGGACAAUAUUACUUGUAUUGUCGUUCACCUUGACCGUACCACAGACACCGACGAUUUUGACGAAGCCCACCUUUCGAGCGACGAGUCUUACCAGAAUGACUAUUACUAAUCUUCUUCUUUUGUUAUGCCGCCCUUUAAGUAAUUUCUCUGUACGGACCCUGAUUCUUUUCUGUGUUUUAUGACCGCAAUUCUGUUACACAAAGCCUUCCUGAAUGCCGACCUCGCCUUCUUGUUUCAUCCCAUCCGUGUAUGCAUUCACAUGCACACACACCACACUCACAUACAUAUACUACUAGUACACGCACUCUCACACAUGCCUUGCUCGCUGUCUUGCAUUCCCAGCCAUGCUGUCUUCAAUGAAAAAGCGGAAAUGUAAAAAUUUCUUUAAACUUUGGGCGCGACAUAAAAACGCGAUGCUCUCAUAAUUAAAACCGGCCUUUACGCUUCUACGGCUUAGCAUAGCCAUGUUCCACGUUCGCCAUUAUUGCCCGGUCGAUUGUCCAAACCAAUGCUUAUGCUUGUCCGCCGCACCGCACCCUUAGUAAUAUCCUAGCAAUAAUAAAAUUAGUCGGACUAUUUUCAA